AUGGCAGCUGUAGUAUCGAGGCUAAGAUGCUAAUAAGCUCAAAGCUUAGGGUGUGUUGUGUGUUGCGAUGGAGACAAAAGCACGAUUUUAAGUCGCACUUUAACGUUAAACAUUACCAUGGCAAUAUGUCAUUAGAAAAUUAUUCCCCAUAAAGAUAUAGGUUAAGUGAUAGCAGCCGCUGUGCUAUCAGUUGCUAAUUUUAGCACUAACAGCUGUCAACAGUGGAUCCCUGCGUCUGUUUCUGUCUGUCAGCUGAGCAUUGUUUUUAUUAUUAUUCCGAAACACCUAAAUAUUCAGAUGGAGACAGGUGCACCGAAAAGACGGGAAAAUAAAAAGUCACUUCGCGUUAAAGUAAUCAGUCUCGGGAAUGCAGAGGUGGGAAAGAGUUGCAUCAUCAAACGUUACUGUGAGAAGAGGUUUGUUCCCAAAUAUUUGGCCACGAUUGGUAUCGACUAUGGCGUCACCAAGGUCCAGGUCCGAGACAGAGAAAUAAAAGUGAACAUCUUCGACAUGGCAGGACAUCCAUUUUUCUAUGAAGUACGUAAUGAAUUCUAUAAAGACAGUCAGGGCGUCCUGCUGGUCUAUGACGUGGGUCUCAGGGAGAGUUUUGACGCUCUGGACAGUUGGUUGGGUGAGAUGAAACAGGAAAUGGGUUCUCAGGCCAACAUGGACAGCAUCGUCUUUGUUGUCUGCGCCAACAAGGUCGACCUGACCAAGAGACGGGUGGUGGACGAGGGUGAGGGACGUCUGUGGGCCGAGUCCAGAGGCUUUCACUACUUUGAGACAUCGGCACAGAGUGGAGAAGGGAUCAACGAAAUGUUCCAGGCCUUUUUCUCCUCCAUCACUGACAUGUGUGAAAACGGAGGCAAACGUCCUGUUAGUGAAGUGAGUGUUGGCUUCACCAAGGAACAGGCCGACACAAUCAGACGCAUCCGCAACAGCAAAGACUCAUGGGAUAUGCUGGGUGUCAAACCUGGAGCCACACGGGAGGAAGUGAACAAAGCUUACCGUAAACUGGCUGUUCUACUGCAUCCAGACAAAUGUGUGGCCCCCGGCAGCGAGGACGCCUUCAAAGCUGUGGUCAACGCUCGCACAUCGCUGCUCAAGAACAUCAAGUAAAGUACAUACACGUGUAAACGCACGCGCACACACACAAAAUGUGGGCAUUCACAGAGGAGCUGCAUGAACAAUAUUUAUAUUUAAUAUUUAAUAUUUAUUGAUGGUCUGUGUGUUGUUUCACUGCUGGAAAUGUUUGUGCAUAAAUGGUGGAUAAAAUGUGUCGCUUUAAAAAAAUAAACACACAGUUAACACACAUUUUACUGUAAAAAAACAAACAAAACAAAAACACUGCUCUGGUCAUAUAUAUAUAUAACAAUAUACAAAAGUUAAACAGUGCCAUGUCCCAGAGACAAUUCAAAAGAAUUAAUUCACAUUUUUGUCUGUUUAAAGUAAAUUUCCCUCUGGUUUGAGUGAAUGAAGAGAAUGAGAUUUGUUAAUACACUUCAGUUGAAUCAACUGUAUUUUAUGGAGGAUAAAAAGUGCCACUACUACUAGCAUAAUGUUCACUGCAGGCUUUUCAACUUUAAGGCUGAGAGUCUAUGCAGGAUUAGACGUGUCACAUGACAGAGCAGUAAAAACUAGUUAAAAAAGUUAAAGAUAUUUCUAUUUAAGUCAUUCAAAGCAUAAAACGUUGAGCUAUUAAAUAGAAUGAAAAAUGUAUAAAACGUCAAUAUAAGUUAAUAAUAUAAAAAUUCAAAAAAUACACUCAAAUUUAGAAACAAAUGUAUUUCCAUCAAAUGGAAAUGUAGGAAACUUGUGUAAAACUGGACUGAAGUUGGACUGAAUUCAUCUUCAUGAAAUGAGUCUAAUCGGUUUCUAGGUAUGAAACCCUUUCUGAUUAAAAAAUAAAUAAAAAUACAAAGAAACUGACAGACAAUAAAAUUCCAACAAUAUAAACAUUGUUUACAUGGGGUUAAAUGUGAGGGUCCAUGUGUCAAAGUUUGUCUGAACUGAACUGUAAUUUAACCUAUUUUUUAAAUUAACUAAAGAGUUCUUCAUCCAAACAAGAAAUGUAAACGUUUACAAAACUAGUUGAAACUAUUUAUACAAAAAGUAUAAAAAAAAUCUCCAGUUUGUCAUGAAAAAGAUUAGAAUAAUCUUUAAAUAAACUUUUGUAGUAACAUUUUUCUCUCUUUAAUGAAAAUCUGCCAAUCAUUGUCCUGUCUGCUGGUUGCUGGACGCAGGAGCCAAUCAUUCAGUGUCGUUUACACAGGUGGGGGGCGGGGCAGUGGUCUGUCCCUGACAAGCAUUUGAUUGACAUUUUUUACACAUGGGUCAUGUGACCCUCAGCUGCUCCGACAUCUGUGUCAGACCACAGAGAUCUUUUUGAUCUCUAUUGUUCUUCUGUUUGUUUCUUUUUUUUUCAUCUUAUUCUUUCCUCUUUCAUUUUCAACUGUUUGUUUUAUAUAUUUUUCAGUCUUAUUAUUCAGGAACUUAAUCUUUUUCACUACGGUUUAAAUUAAAAAUAGAAUUGGAAUUUUCUUUGUUUUUAAUUCAAGCCAAACAAACAGAUGAUGCAGAUGUUUGUGGCUCUGUCACGGUUCUCCUUCCACUUAACCGGUUUUUAGUCACAUCAUCUUGUGAUGACAGAGUUGUGAUCUUAGUGUCAGGUGACAUCCUUCAGAAGAAGAAAGAAAACAUGUGGGUCUUUAAGUGGAAUGUACUGUUGUUUGCUGUUGUCUAUUGUGUACUGUCUCUGUUUCUGCAUGUUCAAAAAAAAUGUAAAAUUAAAGUCUUACGGAUUUUUGGA